UAAAGGGUUACAAGUCCCGGCGUCCGGGCCGGCCCCUCACUGUAAAAAGUUACAGCCCCAUAUGGCUACGGGCUCUGAGCUGGAGAGAUGGCUCUGGCCUCCAGGCUCCGCUCUUGCCGCUACUUCUCGGCUCAUUUUCUGGCAGCGCAGGCGUUCUGCAGCUCAUCAAUGAAGCGGCCUGACAGCUGCUCGGAAAAAGCCUCCAACCCCGCGGUAUCUCCGGCCAAGCGGCCCCGGGUGGACGGGAUCUUGCGGCCCCAGGAGGACGGGAUCCUGCGGCUCCGUUUCGCGCGGCUCAGCGAGAAUGCGCGGCCCCCGAGCCGGGGCUCGAAGCGAGCGGCCGGAUUCGAUCUUUACAGUGCUUACGAUUAUGUGAUCCCUGCUCGGGAUAAAGCUAUUGUGAAGACUGAUAUACAGAUUGCAGUUCCUCCUGGAUUCUAUGGCAGAGUGGCUCCAAGAUCUGGUUUGGCGGCAAAGCACUUCAUUGAUGUUGGAGCUGGUGUUAUUGAUGAGGAUUACAGAGGAAAUGUUGGUGUAGUUCUCUUCAACUUUGGAAACGAAGACUUUGAAGUUAAAAAGGGCGACAGAAUAGCUCAACUGAUUUGUGAACGCAUCUGCUAUCCAGAACUUGAGGAGUUGAAGAGCCUGGAUGAAACUGAGCGCGGUGCAGGUGGUUUUGGCUCUACUGGUACAAACUGAACGUGAUGUUCUGCCAAACCAUUUCAGACACUGCCUAAUGUCUCUUCGGAGAAUGUUACAAGCUGUGGAUUCUUCAGGAAACAGCAAAUUGAGAAGUGUAUAGUGAGCUUCUUUCAUGCUUUGUGGGUAAUUUCAAGAUCCUGAUCUCGAUAGUGACUGUAAGACUACUAUUCUAGUUAUGGACUCUAACAGUAAGUCAACUGCACGAAUCAUUAGGUGUAUUUCAUUUUUUAUAACAAUAAACCUUUUUGACAUUA